GCGAAGCAAGCUUGUUGCUAACACCAGACGCUUAGUAAAGGAAACGUUCAGAAUAUAAAUAAGCACAGAUUGCUGUUGCUCACAGAAGACAAGGCAGCAGAGAACAAGGCUCCACUUCGAAGUAAGGAACCAAGUUUCUUCUGUUAUUUCCAUGAAGAUGAGUUCCAUUAGUUUGGAGGACUCCUCCACCAACACAACCUACUACAGCGAGGAUUAUAACUACAGCGAUAUUGACCUCACUCCCUACCUUCCCUGUGCAAAGGAGGAAGUCAAAGCCUUUGGGAAGAUUUUCCUCCCGGUCCUAUACAUUGCAGUGUUUGUGUUUGGAAUGUUAGGUAAUAGUUUCCUUGUCCUCAUGAUCGUUAAGUAUCUCAAGUUGAAAACAAUGACUGACAUUUACCUUCUGAAUUUGGCCAUUUCUGACCUUUUAUUUGUUGUAUCCCUUCCCUUUUGGGCCACUUAUUUGACCUCAGAGUGGAUCUUUGGAAAUGCUAUGUGUAAAAUAAUAAGUGCAGUCUACACUGUGAAUUUCUACAGUGGUAUCUUCUUCAUUGCUUGCAUGAGUAUGGACAUGUAUCUGCAAAUUGUUCACACAGUCUCUAUGAAGAACCAUAGGACAAUCUGCAAGAGUAUCAUCAUCAGUGCUGCUGUGUGGACCCUGGCUAUGAUGGUUACAAUCCCUGAAUUCAUCUUCAGCCAGUCGAGGAAAGUUGGUGAUAGGUACACCUGUCUCAGUCACUAUGGCAGUGAUCAACUAGUGUUCUGGAAGACAACAAUCCAACUCCAGGUCAACAUCAUUGCAUUUAUCAUUCCAUUUUUUGCAAUGAUUUUCUUUUAUACUCGGAUUGCAUCUGUCCUCCUCAAGUCCAGAUCCUUUGGCAAGGACAAAGCCUUAAAACUGGUCAUCAUGUUAGUCACUGUUUUCUUUGUUUUGUGGUUCCCUUACAACAUUGUCCUUUUCUUGCAUUCCCUGGAGGAUCUUGGUGUGAUUGGCAGCUGUGAGGUGAGCAAAAGGCUCGAUUAUGCUUUGCAGGUGACAGAGUCCAUUGCUUUCACGCACUGCUGCUUCAAUCCACUCCUCUAUGCUUUUGUGAAUGAAAGGUUUAGGAGACACCUAAAGAAUAUUCUAAUGAAGAUAGUCAAGAAAACUGGCUGUUAUAAGGAUCUGGGAAUCAUCGUCAGCACUGCUCCAGAACAAAGUGAACUCAGCAAGCAGCAAUACUGUGUGUGUUCUGAUGUGGAAAUGACUAUGGUGUAGAUAUGACCUGGAGACACAAUGUUAAGAAGUCAAUCUUCCUAUUCUAAAAAUUAUGUUGAAUUGGAUCUUCACCAUCCAAAGAUAUUUUAACAUGCAAUUGCAUACAGAGUGUUUGUGAACUAACCAAACAAAACUCCCUCUGAAACAUAAUGUACUGCAAUAAGCCAAAGGGCGGCUUCUAGAGGUUCUGUCAAGCAUCCAUUUCUGAAACACCAACACCAUAUUUGACACGUGUCCUCCAUUCUCAUCUCUUCAUUCUUUCCCACACUUUUCCAUACUCAGGUUUUCCUCACCUGAACCCUACUGAACCAUUGAAUCAUUGAAUUGUUAUGGCAUACACGGAGGUCAAUCAGCCCACUGGGUCUACAUUGGCACUUAGUAGGUUUAUCCCAUCACUCUAUUUGUGUGCACUUUCACCAUGGCCCAGCAACUUGCUCUUCCUCAAGUGUCCAUCCAGUUCUUUUUUGAAGGCUCUGGUUGACUGUUUCCACCACUCCUGGGGCUGUGCAUUCCAGAUCGCAGCUACUUACAGAGUGAAGUAGUCUCAGCUCCCAAUCCAUGAGUCAGCUUUUGCUUCUUGCCAUCUUCCCUCUUUCAAUUGGAUUUGAUGAACAGGCUCCAGGGGUGGUAAGAGAAUAAUAUAGAAAAUAAUAGUAGGACUGGUUAGAGUCAACAUGGGUUUAUGAAAGGGAAGUCAUGUUUAAUAAUUCUGUUGGGAUUUUUGAGUGGUAAUUAUCAGAAUAGAUAAGGGGGAAGCAAUGGAUGUGGUGUGUUAUGACUUUACAGAAGACCUUUGAUAAGCCGCCACACAAGAUAUUAACCAAAAUUAGAGCACAUGGCAUUGGGGUAAUAUGCUGAUGUGGACUGAGGAUUGAAUUACAGGUGAAACAAGUGAUUUUCAGAUCAAGAUCAUAUGAUUAAUAGGGUGCCACAGAGAUCAGAGCAGGGUCUGAUCUAUAUCAAUGAUUUAGAUGAGGGGACCAAGUGUAAUAUAUCCAAGUUUCCAGGUGAUACAAAACUAUUGGACAAUGAAUGCUAUGAGAAGUACGCAAAGAGGCUUCAAGGGUAAAUAGACAGGUUAAGAGAAUGGGCAAGAGACGGCAGAUGGAAUGCAACAUAGAAAGAAAUGUGAGGUCAUCUACUUUGGUAGAAAAAAAAGAAAGGUGCAGUAUUUUUUUAGAUGGUGAGAAAUUGAAUGAUAUCAGUUUUCAAAGGAAUCUGGUUGUUCUUUGAAAAAGUGAAAUCAGCAAUUCAGAAAGCAAAUGGCAUGUUAGUAUUUAUUACAAGAGGAAUUGAUUACAGAGUAGAAAUAUCUUGCUCUAAUUAUAUUAGGUCCUGAUGAGACCACAUCUGGAAUAUCAUUUAUAGGUCUGGCCUCCUUACCUAAGAGAGUAUAUACUUGAAAUAGAGAAAGUGUAGCAAAGGUUUAUCAGACUGAUUCCUGGAACAGUAGGUUUGUACUCUGAGGGGAGAUUAAGCACACAGAGCCUAGAAGAAUUCUGGGUCUUAGAAAAAUAAGCAGUGAUAUCACUGAAAGGUAUAUCAUUGUGUGUGUAAUCUGAUUUUCCUGAGGUUGCAUCCGCUAGCUCCACUAAUGAAUCCAGAGACUGAUCUCUAAUGCUUGUGGUGAAACUUCCCAUCACUUUGUUUACCGUGGUCAGUGUUUUUAUCCUUCCUGGACUGUUCUGCCAAUAUUAUUAAAUUGCUCUGAUUCUAAUUUUACAGCUGCAGAAAUGCAGUGAACAAUUAGCAACAAGAAAACAUAUCUGAAAGUUGACCAAUGUCUUUUAUUAAUACAUGGGAUGCGGAGUUCACUGGCAAGGCAUUUGUUGUCCACCCUUAAUUCCUCUUAGGGUUGUGGUGAGCCUCCUUUUUCAACUACCAGGUCUGUCACGACUGGGUGGCUUGAUCACAAGAUGAUUAAGAGUCAAUCACAUACAGGCUAGACUACUUUCCCUAAAGGAUAUAGUUGGUUUUUUUGUAGUAAUCCGCUAGUUUCAUGGUCACCAUUGCUGAUACUAGAUUUUUUUUUAAUUCCAUAUUUAAUUAACCUUGAAUUUAAACACCCAGCUGCUGGAAUGGGAUCUGAAGUUAGCAUUCAGAGCAGUUAUUCAGACCUUUAGAUUAACAGAUCAAUAUCAUACGCAUUAUGCUACACAGCAUCUACAUUUUGACCUAUUCUGUAUGCCAGAUGUAUUUUAAAUAUAUCGCAGAAAU